CGAUCCAACGCGACGGCGUCGCGUAGCAUCGCCUCGCAUCGACGGGGCGGUGCGGAGCUCCGGGGGAGCAUUGGUGGCCAGUGCGAUAUCGCCAUUUGGCUGAUACGGAAUAACCGCUGACGCUGGUCGGACGGAUGGCGGUGGUCGGACGAGGACGCGCGGUUUCCCUCCGUGUCACGCAUUGCAAAACGUGGAUUAAACAAUAAGCGGGAGAAUGGUGCAAUCAUGAUUCAACCUGGGAACGAUCCUGAGGAACAUUCAGCAGCUCGGCUGUCCUGCAUAUACCGUAUACAACGGUGACACAGCUUGUGUAUAAAUACAAAUCACGAUCAUGGAUAUACAGAAGAAAUAUCUGUGCCCCCGAUUGGUGGAUUAUCUCGCCAUUGUGGGGGCCAGAUUGCCCCCUGCCUCUCGUCAGCCCGUACAGGUUCCAGAGUUGUUGCGCAGAUAUCCAGUGGAGGAUCACAAGGACUUCCCUCUGCCUCUGGAUAUGGUGUACUUUUGCCAACCGGAAGGCUGCAGCAGCAUGGGACCGAAACGCACGGCCUUACGAGAGGCGACAUCCUUCACCUUCACUCUCACCGACAAGGAUUCAGGCAAGACGCGUUAUGGGAUCUGCGUUAAUUUCUACCGACCUAUGGAAAGGGCGGGCGUUGCGGCUAGCGCGGGGAUGUCGCUCAAGAGGGAGAAGUACAACACCACGUUCCGGAGAGAGAGCUGGAGGAAGAGCAUGGAGAGAAGCACAGACUCGGCAUUUUCUAGGAGCAGUGCGGUGGGUCCUAGUGACUCUGACAGAGAUUGCUCCAGCAGCAGGAGAGACUCGGACACCCCGCAGGUGCCUCACGCCCCAAGACUGGACAUCAUCGCGCCGAGCGGAGACAGUGAGAGCGGCGGCAGUCAUUCUCCGUCGCCGAGAGCGUCUCGAAGGCGUCAGAGGGUUCGCAAUCACUCCUUGACUUCGUUAUGCAUCAUUUCGCAUCACCCGUUCUUCACGAUGUUUCGGGAGUGUCUUUUCGUCUUGAAGAAAAUCAUCGACGCGUGCAACGAGAGCUUUUCGCCGCAGAAAGUGGGAGCUUCUCGGCAGACCAAUAGGGACACGGUGUGGAGCGUGCUGACGGGCCAAGCUUUGGAGGGCACGCCGUCAAUCGUGCUGCACGACGUACGUGAGAUAGAGACGUGGAUACUGCGUCUACUUAGCAGUCCUGUACCGGUCCCGGCGAAAACGCGCGUCGAGGUCGAAAUCAUAUCACCGAGUAUGCAACUGCCGCUAUGUUUCGCUCUACCGGACCAUACAAGAUUCUCCUUGGUCGAUUUUCCUUUACAUCUUCCGUUGGAGCUCCUGGGCGUUGACAUAUGUCUAAAAGUUCUUACGUUGAUCUUGCUGGAGAACAAGAUCGUUCUUCAAUCCCGAGAUUAUAACGCUUUGUCUAUGUCGGUUAUGGCGUUCGUCACGAUGAUUUAUCCGUUGGAGUACAUGUUUCCGGCGAUACCGCUGCUACCGACGUGCAUGAGCUGCGCGGAGCAGCUGCUGCUCGCGCCGACGCCCUUUGUGAUCGGAAUACCCGCUUCUUUUCUGUUGUACAAGAAAAACUUCAAGAUGCCCGACGAUAUUUGGCUGGUGGACCUAGAUAGCAAUAAAAUCACGGCACCCAGCGGUCUGAACGACAGUUUGCCGCCGUUGCCGGAACCGGAGGGCACCAUUCUGAAGAACCAUUUGAAGCAGGCAAUGCAACUGAUGGAUCAAGUUGGCUCUAGUGCUAUGGCCAGUAUGUCGGGCCCUCCUCUACCUCCGCAAGAUAUCGCACCUCGUCUCUCUUUUCAGCCACCGAGUAGAAGAGAAAGCAUGGUAUCGCAUCAUUCGAACUUAAGCGUAACUGCUACGAAACACAGACCAAGCAUCGAUCAGUGCGCGCACAUUCAACACACCCCUUUGAACUCACCGGGGAUGAGCACGUCGAGUCCGACUCGUCGACCGUCGAUGUCGCAGUCGAUCGGGUCUGCGAGCGGGCCAUACCUGCCGAAGAGCGCGGUCGGGCAGAAUCCGAUGGCGCCGUUCAAUCCCUUCAUCUACGGGAACGACGUGGAUUCGGUGGACAUCGCCACGCGAGUAGCCAUGGUGCGCUUCUUCAACUCGCAAAACCUGUUGGCCAAUUUCACUGAGCACACAAGGACUCUGAGGCUGUACCCCAGGCCUGUGGUGGCCUUUCAGAUCAACUCGUUCCUGCGCUCGCGACCCCGGGCGAGCAGUUUCUUGAAUAAGUUCGCGCGCACGCAGGCGGUUGAAUUCCUGGCGGAGUGGUCGCUCACACCGAGUAACGUGGCCUUCCUCCGGGUGCAGACGGGAGUGUUCGACCCGGCGCAGAUCGGCGACAAGUCGCGCUGGUACGCGAGCAAUCUCGAGCCGAUCUACUUUCCCGUCUGGGACUCCGGCAGCUCACUGGCGAACGCUCUGAAGGCGAUGAAGGAGCUCGAGAGCCAGCCCACGGACGAGAGCGGCUCCGAUUCUGAGGGCGCCGAGAGCACGAGCUCUUCUUACUCUUCUUUGAGCGACUUUGUUUCCGAGAUGGCAUCGUCCGAUCUCUCGCCGGGUUACAAUUGUCCGCAAGUAAGUCAACCCCAACAAAUGUCACUUUCGGUGGAUCCGAAGAAUGUCUAUAACCCUCCGAGUUCCUUGCAAUAUCCGGGUGUGGAGGAGGAUUCGCCGGUACGACCCGAGAGUCCACCGAGUACUUCUUCUAGUCACAGCGAUCUCAGUAGUCCAAGCUUUAACAGGGAUUCUGAGCUUGAAUUAAAUCCGAAAAUUCAUGAGGGUUCACAAUCCACUAACGAUAAAGAGGAGGGUGGUAGCUUUGAGUCAGACUCCGCGUCGACAAUAACACCGCGCACAAUCCUGAGCGCACAAAGUUCAGUAGGACAGUUCGGGAUAAGCAUGGGAUCUUUAGGCACUCCUUCGCUCACCGACGUUGAACGUCCUGCGACUCCUCACAGGACUUCGCGUGUCAGUAGAUAUGUCACUCCUAUACCACCCACCGGAUCAGGUCUACAACGUCAGCCGAGUGUCGGGAACGUCCUGGCGAGAGGCUCCAGCUUCAGCACCACUGGUCCGCUGCUGCCACGACAGAUCAGCACCGCGUCCACCGAGCAUCAUGUCGAAGGAGCGCAGCUUCAGCGGCAGUCGUCGGCGGGACCAAUCCCGCAAAAACAGAACGAUAAUGGGGUGCAACGACAAAACAGCGGCGGCAGCCCGAACACCGGAAAUGGUGUGCUUAGACAAGGCUCUCAGGGAUCCCUGUUCGAGCAGAUCGCCAGCCAAGCGAAGGAUUUGGUGCGCGAGACCACCAGACAGAGCAGUCAGGACGGGCUACUCGCGCAAAUGGACAAGCUCAAGCAUCAGGCGAAGGAAAAAAUUACUGAGGCUGGCGAGGAGAGUCUAUUCGCGCCGUUGGAACAGUUGACGCAACAAACCAAGAAAGCCAUGGGUGAGGCUACCAAAUCGGUGCAAGAAGCGUCGAAGACUGCGCUGGAGGCGAGUAAAACUGCAGCCGGUGUCAGCAAAAAUACGCUAGAUGACUUGACGUACGUCGGCAAGAGUACACUGGGAGAUUUGACGAAAAGUGCCAAAGAAGUCGCCGCGAAGAAGGGCUUGCUCAAGAGCCUCGGUGAAUCGCAACAAUCGCCAGUACAUACGCCGCCAUCUCCCAAUAUGACUCAGCGAAAGGAUUCGAUGAGCAACCAACUGGUCGCAUCAGACACGCGUAGCGGCGUUGGGCGGGAUUUCUUCAGCAAUAUCAGUAGUGAUUUAAACGGCUUCGCCGCGCAGACGAGCAGUAUGUUCAGCGAUUUGUUUGGUAGUAAAAAUAAUUCUAACAGAGGCAGCAGCUUCUUCCCGCAGAACCAGAAAUCGAAGGAGAAAACUCAAAUUCUCGGACCAUUUCCCAAAGGAAAAACUGGGUUGGUGGAGCGUUCUUCGUUGAUAAAGCAUUCCUCGCACAAAGUUAAUCAAGAAGAUGCGCAGAGAAUGCAGAACGCGGAACGUUCCAGCACAAAUAGCGACAAUCAAGCUUUCUUGAACGACGUGGUGACGCAGGUAUUGGCAGGGGAAGGUGUCGGCUGGCUCAAACUGAACAGAUUGAAGAAGCUGAUGGAGGACGAGAAUUAUCGAGAUCUAGUCGUGACGAAGCUGAACAAAGGUCUCAAUAGAAAAAUUAGUCCGGACGAUCACAUUGACGAUGUGGCUAUACCGAGACCCGUGUACAAGGGAAUGUUAAAGUGCCUUCAAGCAGUGACGUAUGGUCUUGCGCAUACGUAUAAUAAUUUUGGACUAGGCGGAAUGGCUUCUGUCUUUCAACUGAUGGAGAUCGCUCACACGCAUUACUGGAGCAAAGAUUUAUCCGAAGGUGGUUUCGAUAGCUCAUUGAUGUCGCAGGCAUCCAGCCCGUUCGGCAGUAGGGAGAACCUAAAAUCUCCUCAAUCGCCGAAUCAGCCCGAUUUCGCAGACACUAUGCAAAAAUCGGAACUGCCGCAGGUACACUUGGACAUGCCGCACGUGCAAGCAGCAACGACGGGAGACACGAGCCAAUCGACGACGGACAUGUUUCUGGAUAUGUUCACGAAGAAGGGAAAAUUUCUAAGCAAGCUCACGUCGUUCGAUUCCGAGAGUGGGCGGGGUGGUGGAACGGGAAGCAGCGAAGCUUUAUCCACAGACGGAGGUAGCAUUAUCACUAAUCCUGCUUUUCGGCAAGCGCACCAAGCUUCUUUCCGAAGCACUGUGUCUGAUAGCGAGGUCGAGCAAGGCAAUUUCCCCCGGCAAGGCAAGCAGCGUUCCGGCAGCGUUUGGUCCAGCAAGUCGUCUCUGAGCACUGGCUUCCGGUAUCACGGUGGUAGUUUGAUACCCACCACGACACAGCCGAGUCCGGAGGCCGCGAGAACGUAUCUCUUCGAAGGUCUGCUGGGGAAGGAGAGAUCCCCUCUGUGGGACCAAAUGCAAUUCUGGGAGGACGCCUUCUUGGACGCUGUCUCGCAGGAGCGCGACAUGAUGGGCAUGGAUCAAGGGCCUGGUGAAAUGAUGGAGAGAUACAAGAGUUUGAGCGAAAGCGAAAGGCGACGGCUGGAGCACGACGAAGACAGACUGUUGUGCACUCUGUUACACAAUCUCACCGCCAUCUUGGUGAUGCUGAAUGUCGACAAGAACGAACUGAAACGGAAAGUACGAAGGUUACUGGGCAAGAGUCACAUCGGCCUCAUCUACAGUCACGAAUUGAAUCAACUGCUCGAUCAAAUCAAUAAUCUCCACGGAAACGACAUCGAUCUGAAACCCCUAACGUCACGACAAAUGCACCGGCAGUCGUUUACCGUGCAUUCCGGGGUCGACGCCGAGGGUGAUCUACGGUUCCUCGAGGUCCGCCACGACGGGCUCGUGCUGAGGUCGGUGAACGGCGUGAUAGUGGAACGCUGGUGGUACGAGCGCGUAGUCAAUAUGACGUAUAGCCCGAAGAAUAAGGUCCUGUGCUUGUGGAGGAGAAGCGGCGGUGAUACAGAGUUGCAUAAAUAUUAUACGAAGAAGUGCAAAGAUCUAUAUUAUUGCAUAAAGGACGCAAUGGAAAAGGCCGUGGCUCGCGGGCGAGGCGCGAACGUGGGCAUCGAACUCGGCGGUGAAUUUCCGGUGCAGGACAUGCGAACGGGCGAAGGCGGGCUUCUGCAAGUUUGCAUGGAGGGCGUCGGUCUACUUUUCGCGAAUAGCAAGGAUUUCGAGUUUUUUGUAAGACUCGAUCAUAUCCGCAAGUGCUUUACUCAAAAGGAUGGAAUCUUUGUUUUGGAAGAAUUCAAUCCUAAAACUAGACAAGUAAUUCAACGUAAAUAUAAGUCACAAAUGGCGUCUGAGAUCUGCUACGCUGUUCUCUGCGUAUUUUCCUACGUGGCUGCUGGAUUGGAGCAACGAAAACAGGGCCAGCAACCACCGCAGCAGCAACAGCAGCAUCAACAACCACAACACGGCACAUUGCAACACAGUACACAACCGCAUCAACAACGUCAGCAGCAGCAGCACCAACAACAGUAUCAGCAACAGCAGCACCACCAACAGCAGUAUCAACAACACCAACCACAGCAUCAGCAGCAGCAACACCAGCACCAACCGCAGCAACAGCACCACCACCAGCAACCGCAACAGCAGCACCAACAGUACCAGCAACAGCAACACCACCAGCCACGAUACCACUAUCAACAACAACAACAACACAGACAACAGGAACAGGCGCAAUCAAGCAACGUAACGCCGCAGAUGCAGGCGCAUAGAAACACGCAGCUGGACCCUUAUCCUCGUCAACACUGACACAGGCAAAGACACUCGCUCCCGUUCGUGGGCAUCCACAAUAAGAAUAGCUGUGCCCCUUACGCCUGUCUACCUUGGGUAUAAGUGUGCGAUUUCUCUUUCUCUUUCUCUCUCUCUCUCUCUCUCUCUCUCUCUCUCUCUCUCUCUCUCUCUCUCUCUCUCUCUCUCUUUCUUCAUCUCUCUCUCUCCUUAUCUCUCUUGUUUCUCUCAGAAUAUUUAUUUGAGAAUUUAUCCCACGUCAGGGAUGCAUAUGCAUGGGCGAAGUAACGGCGAGGCAAGCAUCCUUCAUUUUCACAGAAGCAUUUGUUUCACCAAGUAAACGCGCCGCAUCAACAUUACCUUUUUAAUGGAAUCCAAACGCUCGUGAGAAGUCGUAUAACAACUGAGGGAGCAGCAACUCGUCUGCCCGACGAUUGUUACACUUAGCAUCGGACUGACGUAGUCUCGCGUUAAUGUGAUGAUAGAUAAUCGUAUUCUUCUAUUCGUACUUACACGUAGGUAUACGUACGCGUACGUGUCACCCAAAGCAAUUAAAUACAAUAAAUAUUCGUAUAAUUGGAAGUACAAUUUUAUAUGAUACGCGCCGCGACAGAAAUUGUAACUGUGAUCGUUCGCGAUUUGGAAGUGUAAAGAUUUAUUUUACCUCGCGUGUAGUCGAAGUAAGUAGCGUGUCGAUGUCGUGGAUGAACGCCGAAAAUAUGCGAAUUUUUCUCUGGUUCUCUUUUGGUGGUCGCUCUGUCGGAGUCACAUUUUCAAGCACUUGAUACUCGCGUGACGAAGGGUGAUGACAGGCGGCUCGAUAUUCGUUCGCUGUUUUUCUCUCCCUCGCAUCUGCAAUGAAAUUUAACCGGUGACUCUUCUGAUUGAUUUCAUCACGGUCGCCUAUAUGAAGUGUUAGCGAAACUGUCGUGUGUAGGAUGUAUAGAAACACGUACUGUCGUUUGUCGUAUGUCUCGAGUAAACAUGUGAUGGUCAUUAUUUUGUACGGGCUCGAAUGUAGGCAGAAAGACAAAUACCCUGUUUUUCUCAGAUAGCGUAGAAGACACUUCUAGGGUACAUGUAAUGUCCCAAAAGUGAUAGGCAUUAUAUACGAUAUAAUGUAAUAACUGUACAAUAGCCCCGAAACUAAACAAAAAAGAAAAAAAGAGAAAGUAGAAAAGGCGACGUCUCUGAGAGUGCUGUAAAUUUACAUCCUGCGUUUUUCCUACGACUCGUACAUACUUAGUUAAGCGCGAUAAUAACGGGAAUUGUAACAGCGCUAAGCCACGGUUUCAAACCGCGAUCGCGACAUUCGGACGUCGGCACUAAGUGCGAGAGAAGAAAAGAAGAGAAAAGGGAAAACAGAACGUUCUUCAGAACAUGAAGAAAUGAUCAUUGCGUUUUCUUUACCGUCUACUUCUCGAUACCUUCUUACGUUGAUACGCGUUGAUAUAAAGUAAAAAGAAUUGUAGACAAACGACCAGCCUAAAAACAAUGUAUGUACAUUAGUAGCGAACUCCGUGUGAAGUAAAUGUAGCGUACGUCACACACGUACACAUUCUCACACACACACACACACACACACACACACAGCCACACAGCCACACACAGAUGUCAGAGGAAAUGAUAUAUUUUCUUGCAACAUAAGAAGCGUAUAGAUAUUUGUAAAAAGGAAUGUACGACUUGUAAAUAGGAAUCGGCAAUGUAAUCAGCAGUACGGGCGUGCAGAUGUACGCUCCCCUCUGCCCUCCUUUGGUUUCUCAUCUUUUCAUAUGAAACACAUACAUAUUCGUAGCGCCGUUCGCCGGCUGAACUGGAAAGGAAUGCAUUUCCAAGAGCGUCAGGAGGGGGUAUGUUCUCUUCGAAAGACUUGGAAGAGCAGGAAGCACGAGAUCCCGACGUACCAAAUCUGUCUGCCUAAAUCCCGAUGUGUAGCUCCUGUCGAUGCCACGUUUAGAUAAUGUGUCGAUCGAUCAUUGUCAGUCAUUUCUCGAGUCGUGUUAUCACAGUUAUGCGCGACAACAGAGAAAUCUUAUAGACCUCUUAGAAGAGAAAUUAAUACCUCGCAUUGUAUAGUACUCAUCCAUGUAGACGCCUUAUGCCCAAUAUAUACUUGUAGCCAAGUUGA